AUGGCAGUAAACAUAGACUUUUUCGAACAACUUACAACCCGAAUCGGACGUCUACGGAUGAGAAGAUGUGGUCCAACACCAGCGUUGACUAUCUUCGUCGCUUACGCUCCAACGUCAAGCUACGAAGAAGAAGAAGUCUUCGAAGCUUUCUAUAUGGACCUGGAGAAGUUCUACCAAGAAGAUCAUGCAUUCUACAAGGUCAUAAUUGGCGAUUUCAACGCCAAAGUUGGCCCAAGAAGAACGCCUGUGGAACUUCACAUCGGGACCCACGGCCUACAAUGGAAUGAUCAGGGGGAGAGGCUCUCCGAGUUCAUUAUGACGAUUAAGACCAUCCAUGGGAACUCGCAAUUCUCUACGCUGGACAUGGGAGUCACCCGGCAGAGGAGACGCUUGUCUCUUGAAACUCUUGAGCUGAUACGCCAGCGUGGAGCAGCACGAGCCGCAGGGAACCAAGAACUCACGUCCGAGCUCACAAGGCUUUGCAGAGAGGCGAUAAAGGAAGGCCUUAAAGAGAGAAGAGCAGAAGUGCUGACUGAAGCUGCAGAGGUGCGGAAAAGCAUCCGCUAUGCCCGUCGAGACUUCGCCAGUCGCAAGACGAGGAUGACUGCUCUCCUGAACCCGAUGGGAAUAACCACUGCAUCGAGAAGGGGGACGGCGAAAACCACUUACGACUUCUACUCUGAUCUCUUCGACAACCAUGUGCAUUUGCCUCCUCACCAUCUAAGGGAAGACGGACAUGUCAUUCCAGAGGUUCUCUCGUCCGAAAUACGACAUGCUAUCAUAUCGGUUACCUGUCGGAAUGCAAGGUUCCUAAACAGUGGAAGACCAGCAAGACCGUUGUAUAAAAAGGGAGAUCCAUAUGACAUCGGCAACUAUCGCCCAGUCUGCUUACUGUCAGUCAUCUACAUGCUCUUUAUAAGAGUGAUCCUUAAUAGGAUUGAAAAACUCUUGGAUGAAGGAACGUCAUGCGAGCAAACAGGGUUUCGAAAAGGAUUCAGCACGAUUGACCACAUUCACACUAUUUCGAAACUCAUCGAGGUAUCACAAGAGCACAAGAUGACGUUCUGUCUCACCUUCAUCGACUUGAAGGCCUUCGACUCGUGGAAGGCUUGGACAACCAAGGCGUCCCUCAGUACAUAA